CCCAGGGCCCCGUAAUAGGAGUGAUGCCUCUACUAGAAGACACAGGGGAGGGAGAGAGCUAGGGGACCAGCCAGUCAGUCUUGCUUGACAUAGAGCUGCCACAAACCUUCAGUUUGUAAAACGGUAGUAUUUGCAAAUUGAAAUUAAGUACAACAAAAUGAGACAUAUGUAUACCUGUUUUGUCCUAGGUACUCACAAUGUAUUUUGUCAACUAAAGUGACUUUAUAAGUAGGUGACAUCAUUACAGUUUUACUUAAGAGAAAUCUGAUGCUUGGGCAUGAUCAAAUAAAUUUUGCCAUUUGGAAACAAGCGUUUUAAUGCAAAUAAAGUAAUGCAUUCUGACAAGUCUGUCAUAGCACCUAAAUUUUUGAUCCCUCUCUAAGGCCCUGCCGUGUGAACAAAGCUUUCUGCAAUUUGCAGCUACUCUACCUUUGCAAUCCUGUCUCUCAUUGUAUACCAGACUGAUAACUUGUCAUCAUCUGGUUUUUGGUUUAUGCUACUUCCCUCUCCAGGAGCUCCUAUGCACCUUUCAAAUUCUACCUAUCUGUAAAGUCCAGUUCAUUAUUUCAUUCAACAAAUCUUUAAAUUCAUACCCAUUGCCAGAUGCUGUGCUAGGUUAAAGUCAGUGGAGGAAGAGCGAGUUCACUCUCAGCUAUGAUGGAGGGGCUGAAAUCACACUUAGCCUCCUCUCAUCAACCAUCAUAAAAGCUAGAGCAAUUAUAUAAAACAAAGUCCAGUGCCUGGGUCCUUGGGAGAAGGAAUUCACAGAAAGUGAGCCCCUAUCUUCACCCUAGCAGCAUUUUUCAAAUUCUUACACAGGGAAAGGGAGGCCAAGCAGAGUAGAAGUGUGUCUGGGAAGAAAAAAAUGGAGAAGCAGAGUUCAGGGCUACUAAUCUGGCUGGGAUUUGGGCACCAAAGUAUCAGCGAGGGGAGUGUUUGCAGAGAAGGAUCUCCCCAAAGUCUGCAAAGCCGUUUCCUUUGGGUUGCUGGCCAACUCCUGUGCUGCUUGUGUAUGGAGGAUGGCUUGAGGCUUAGCGGAGAAGCCGAGUGGGGAUUUCAGAAGUGGGGUGCUGUCGGGGGCAGGGGGUUUAGGCCCAGCGGACAUGAAGAGGCUUGUGAAGUCCUGGUGCUGCAGUGAGACCCCAGGAAAGUCACAGCCAAGGAAUAAAGACAGUAUGCGAGGAGUAAGGACAGAGCUGAAACACACCUACUUUCUGCUUUUCUGCCAAUUUAAUUUUAUUGGGGAAAUGCUUCCCAAGAGAAAAUCCUCAGGAGAGCAAGCAGCUGUGAGAGCGUGUGCCGAGGAAGGCCUGAGGUGGUCAGACGGGCGUGGUGCUGAGUGGACCAAGCAGGUGCUGAGUGGAGACAAGGAUUUCAGAGCAGUUUCUCCACCCUCGGAGUCCUUCUAGGUCAUCAGCUGUCUCGACCUCCCAGGCCAUGGGAAGGUCCUCAUGCUUGAGGAUUUGCUGAGUCCACUUAGAGAUCCGGAAUUCUCUUCCUGCCACUCUUGUCUGGUAGAGAAGUGGUCAGAAGGAACGACACAAGAGAAGAAACCAGAAUGUAUGGAAGAACAGGUAGAAACAUCUGUAGUUUCCCAAGAACCUACACGGAUGGAGAAAUCUACGGACACAGAGGAGGACAAUAUAGCUGGACCACUGUUUAUGAACAAAACCACUCAGUUCCCAUCAGUUCACGCAGAGGUGCUCCUGGAGCCCGAGGAGACCCCCGAAGCAGCCUGCGGUGGCAGCCCGAAACCAUCUACCCCUAAGGCUGUGACCCCACCCUCCUCACCAUCUCCAGCAGCUGUCUCACAAGAGUUUGCUUAUGUGCCAGCUGACCCAGCUCAGUUUGCUGCUCAGAUGUUAGGUAAUGUUUCAUCUAUUCAUUCUGAUCAGUCUGACAUUUUAAUGGUGGAUGUGGCAACAAGUAUGCCUGUUUUUUCUGAGGAGGUGCUGAGCUCAGAGGCUGCCGAAGAUGCCAAGGUGGCCAUUCCCACUGUGUAUUCCGCAGAGGCUGUAGCCCUGCAGGUUCUGAGCCAAACAUCUGUCCAUGUAGAUUUGGGUCCUAAACCUAAAGACGAUGAAGCUGAACCAACAACAGCUUCCUCCUUCCCCUUGCAGGAUGAACAAGACCCUCCUGCUUACGAUCAAGCUCCCGAGGUCCCUUUGCAGGCUGAUAUUGAGGUCACAUCAUUCGUUCACGUUUCAUCCAUCUAUAACAAUGAGCCUGUGACUGAAGAAGUUACUUAUGUCGAGCAAAUACCAGAACACAUAGUUAUCCCUUUUACUGAUCACGUUGCUUCCCUUAAAGAAAAUGAGCCACCAGAUAGUCCCAUACCUGUAGCACGCGACACAGGCAUGUCUGAAAAAACCAUAGGUUCCGUAAGUCUUGCACAGUUGGAGGUGGAAUCACACUAUUCCUCAGUACAUAUGGAGGCAGAAGCAUCAGUUCUGUUCUCUGACACCUCUUUGAAAGGUCAGCCUGCACAAUUCCUGGAUGCAGGGGGCUCCACCAAAGCAGUCGGCUCUGAAAAACCGCUGCAUCUUGAAGUGGAGUUCACUGCCCUAGUUCCUGGCAACUCGGGGCAGGAGGAGUCCCAGGGAAGCUCUGCAGCCCAGGAGAUGGAGGUCAAACUCGUGCUCUCUGGGGAAGCUGCUACAGCAGUGCUCUCAGCUGCAUCUGUAAGGGCAGCUGGUGGUAGCCCCACUCCUGUUCCAGAAGGUCUUACUGAACCUGAGCUCGAACCAGAACUGGAAGCAGCACUUGAACAAGGUUUGAUGAAGCCAGCCAUAGCAGCAAGCGAAGCAGGACAACCACCACCAUACUCUAACAUGUGGACCCUUUAUUGUCUAACUGAUAUGAAACAACAGAGUCGCCCAUCACCGCCACCUGCACCUGGGCCUUUCCCCCAAGCAACCCUCUAUUUAUCUAAUCCUAAGGAUCCACAGUUUCUGCAGCAGCCACCAAAAGUUACUUCUCCAACUUACGUGAUGAUGGAUGACAGCAAGAAGACCAGUGCCCCACCUUUUAUUUUAGUAGGCUCGAAUGUUCAGGAAGCCCAGGAUUGGAAACCUCUUCCUGGACAUGCUGUUGUUUCUCAGUCAGAUGCCUUGAAGAGAUACGCUGCAAUACAAGUACCCAUUGCUGUUCCUGCAGAUCAGAAAUUCCAGAAACAUAGCCCAAACCCCCAGAAUGGUAGUCCUCCUACAAGUGGACAAGAUGUCCCCAGGCCACAAAGCCCAGUUUUUCUUUCUGUUGCAUUCCCAGUAGAAGAUGUAGCCAAAAAAGGUUCAGGAUCUGGUGACAAAUGUACUCCCUUUGGAAGUUACGGUAUUGCUGGAGAAAUAACCGUGACUACUGCCCAUGUUCGCAGAGCAGAAACUUAAAACUGGUAGGUAAAUUUUCCUACCAUAACAUGUGGGCCUUAACACACUAGUAGUUUGAUUUGUUGACUGGGAGAUAGAGGUAUUUACAGAAAUUGAACGGAGAUGUGCAAGGAGAUAGGGUAUACUCAAAUUUGAUGUGGUUAUCCUCUCCAAGUUCAUUACCCCCAAUUACUAAGAAAUGCACAGCAGGUGUACUGCACCAGGACGACUCACACCAAGGACUUGGUGCCUGAGACAUGAAUCCAUCCACUCAAUCACCUUUGAAUACCUGGUUCUUCACCUAGCCCCCCGGGAAGGUGCUAAAAAGGGAUGGCUUUAUAAGAAAGACAGACCUUCUGUAGGAACUUUAUAAGUUGACUGGCAUGUUAAGGGGUGGCUAGGAGCAGAAGCCAGACGUGAGUACUGGGGCCAAGUGGAGAGAAAGGUGAGAGGUUAGAGAUGUGGGGGAGUGCCCCCCCCCAUCACGUAGCAUCUGUUUCCUCUUGAGAGGGAGGAGUUACUAUAGGAUGGGCAGGUUGAAAACACCCACAACUGGGAUUAACUGGAUCAGACCAUUUUCUCUCACAAAUUACCCACCCAGUACUUCAGGCCCUAUCCCGUGUGUGGGCAGUGAGGAAAACAAGAUGCUGACACAGGCCCUCCUUUAGAGGGUGUUCAGGCCCAGAGGUCAACUGACCCCUGAGUCCCAGGAAGGACCCAGCCCCACAGGGAGCCCACAGAGUAGGACUACUGAGCCACAGCAGGGAGGCCAAGAUGAGAUGGGUGGGGAGGAGCUGGGAACAGCACCCAGGAGGAUGUGUGGGUGCAGCAAAGAGGGGACCGUAUGUAGCCUCAGGAGAUACACUGGGGGUGGAAAGCACAGCAGGAAGCCAGAAGAAGGACUGCCCUGGAAGGCAGGAGGAGGUCACCAGAGGAAGCAGGAAAAGGAGUUAAGCAGGUAUAAUGCAAAUGUCAAGCUGAACAUCUGAUGGCCAAAGCUAGAUUUCCUCCACGGGCAGGCUCAAGCACCACAGUGACGGUAGCUGAGGAGGUAACUCAGUUAUCCAGUGUCGGGUCUGUGCCCCUCCUACUUGCCAGGAGGUGGAAUUGUCAAAAUGGCUGUUUCCAGCGUGAAAUGCUGGGGUAUUUCAUGCAAAGGUGCAGCUAAAUUGAUGAGCAUUUAGUAACGGGAGGGUAGACCUCGCAUUUCUGAUCUGCCCCUCAUUUUACACGUUCCCCUCGUUUUACACGUUCAGUCUCGUGAUUAAACAAUUCACUAUUUACAUUCCUAACAGAUGCUGAAACCACCACCGUCUGAGCCAACGUUCAAGGUGGAGUCUGCCACCCGAACGUACUUUGUCAAUAAACUUCAUGCAAGCAUAA